UCUUUGGUGGUCUCUGUCACUCGCACUGCGCAUGCGCCAUAUGUCUCCUUCAUUGUGCCCUAUAGACAUUACUGAAGUAAGCUAGCUGUCAAUCCACUCGGCAGCAUCACGUCAGGGACAGUCCAGGCUCUGCAGAUUCCCCUUCCAGACACCUUACCACCGCACGAUGGCCGUCCCUCCGUCAUACUCGGACCUGGGCAAGUCCGCCAAGGACAUAUUCAGCAAAGGCUACGGCUUUGGAGUUGUUAAGCUGGACCUGAAGACCAAAUCACAAAGUGGAGUGGAGUUCAACACGUCCGGCUCCAGCAACACGGACACGGGGAAGGCCGCCGGCAGCCUGGAGACCAAAUACAAGAUGAAGGAGCUCGGCCUGAGCUUCAACCAGAAGUGGAACACGGACAACACGCUGGCCACCGAGGUCACCGUGGAGGACCAGCUGACUCAGGGACUGAAGGUUGCCUUGGAUACGUCUUUUGUACCAAACACAGGGAAGAAGAGCGGAAAGCUGAAGACGGCCUACAAGCGCGACUUUGUGAACCUGGGCUGUGACGUGGACUUCGAGGGCCCCAUCAUCCACGCCGCCGCCGUGCUGGGCUACGAGGGCUGGCUGGCCGGCUACCAGAUGGCCUUCGACACGGCCAAGUCCAAGCUGGCCCAGAACAACUUCGCCCUGGGAUACCGGGCCGGAGACUUCCAGCUGCACACCAACGUUAACGACGGCACCGAGUUCGGCGGCUCCAUCUACCAGAAGGUGAACGAGGAGCUGGAGACGGCGGUCACUCUGGCCUGGACCGCCGGCAGCAACAACACCCGCUUCGGCAUCGCCGCCAAGUACCACCUGGACAAAGACACCUCGCUCUCUGCCAAAGUCAACAACGCCAGUCUGAUCGGCGUGGGUUACACUCAGAGCCUCCGGCCAGGUGUGAAGGUCACCCUCUCGGCUCUGAUCGACGGGAAGAACUUCAACGCCGGGGGUCACAAGGUCGGGAUGGGCUUCGAGCUGGAGGCGUAACGUGGAAAUAAAGUAGAGGAAAGUAAAAAGGCCCCCGGACCACAUCUACACCACCCCCCCCCCCCAUCACAAACACAGACCACACCGCCCUGUAGCUUCACAGAUUUCACGAUCACGGAAGUGACGCUAUUUAUUUCAGUAAGAUCUUCAGGAGAGGCCCUCGUUGGAUGGUUAGCUUCUUUGUUUUUGCCGCCUUUUCCUAAAAAAAAAAGCAUGCGAAGAUGAAAGAGCGAGAGGCUCAUCUGCUCGGUUAGAAACAACAUCUGUUUAGUGCGGAGCGCUCACGGCGUCUCGAGGUCGAUAGGUCAACGAAGGAGCUUUACGGGAACAGACUUACGUUCCGUCCAGAGGCUCGAAAACGAUCCCUGUGAUCCCUUUGAUCCCCCGGAGCGAUCCCUGUGAUCCCUUUGAUCCCCCGGAGCGAUCCCUUUGAUCCCUUUGAUCCCCCAGAGCGAUCCCUGUGAUCCCUUUGAUCCCUGUGAUCCCCCGGAGCGAUCCCUGUGAUCCCUGUGAUCCCUGUGAUCCCUUUGAUCCCCCGGAGCGAUCCCUUUGAUCCCUUUGAUCCCCCAGAGCGAUCCCUUUGAUCCCUGUGAUCCCCCGGAGCGAUCCCUUUGAUCCCUUUGAUCCCCCGGAGCGAUCCCUUUGAUCCCCCGGAGCGAUCCCUGUGAUCCCUUUGAUCCCCCGGAGCGAUCCCUUUGAUCCCUGUGAUCCCCCGGAGCGAUCCCUGUGAUCCCUUUGAUCCCCCGGAGCGAUCCCUGUGAUCCCUUUGAUCCCCCCGGAGCGAUCCCUGUGAUCCCUUUGAUCCCCCAGAGCGAUCCCUGUGAUCCCCCGGAGCGAUCCCUGUGAUCCCUUUGAUCCCCCCGGAGCGAUCCCUGUGAUCCCUUUGAUCCCCCGGAGUGAUCCCUUUGAUCCCCGGUUGUUCCGGUAGGGGGAGGCGAUGUCGUGGAAUCUUCUCGUGUAGUUAGUUUGCAUUUCUCCGACAUUGUUUCCGUCUAUCGGUCUCAGGAUUCGGGGGUCUUCUUGUUGCUCGGGGAAACGCUCCCGUUGUUGCCGUGGCUGCUUUCACACAACGACCUCCACUCCUCAGACGUGCACAUCGCACACAGUCGAGUGACCUCGAUCAAAACGCCGUCAUGGGGUCAGGUCUCACAAGUGACUCUCCUAUUUGUUUCUUUUAUGACUCUAAUUGUGUUAUGAUUUUGAUAGGACUCUUUUCUUUGUCACUUAGAAACAAUACCUCAUUUUUUUCCAAUGUCAAUUAAGGGAAUUCAAACAAUAAAAAGAAUAAAUGAAACAUC